CAUUCACUCACUCACCCCCUCCUCCAUUUAUUUAAAGAUUCUCCCUUUCAAUCUUCCCCUUUAUCCAUCCACUCCACUGGUGAUAUACGUUUAUUCACGAGCACUUGUUCACUUAAAUCGUCAAGAAAAUGUCGGGUGGAGAGGUUAGAAACAUAUCUCCGGACGAUAUACAAAUGGUUCAAAAUCUCAUAGAACAAUGUCUACCAUAUUACAUGACUCUGAAACAGGUUGUCGAUAUUCUCUACCAGCAAGAGAAAAUAGAGCCAAGCUUUACAGAGCUUGUGUGGCAGAAACUUGAAGAACAAAACCAAGAAUUUUUUAAGGGAUACCAUUUAAGGUUGAUGGUGAAAGAUCAAAUAAUGGAAUUUAAUAAGCUGCUUGAUCGACAGGCUGCAUUGAUGCAGCAAUUGGGCCCCACAGGAGUCGGUUUUCAACCGAAGUCUAAUGGGUCUCAUUUGCAACAAAUGCAUCAGAAUUCAACGUGUUACGCAUCAGAAAACACCGGUAUUCCUCUAAAGACCGAAAACAUGACUACUUUCUCAAGAGGAUUCAACAGUUGUGGACUGCCGAUACCCUCGGGGGACCCACAGCCUCAUACUAGAACGAAUAAUGUUCCACCAAAUAUGUUGUUGGGCCACAACUCAAAUGUUGGGAUAACAAACGGCGUGUCGGUGAAAGCCGAACCAAAUUAUAUGGGGAACUCAAGGUUUAUGUAUGGAACCGAUGACAAUGUUCUAGAAGCACGGAACACGAUCGGCGAUGCGUCGGUUUCGUCUUUUAGUUGUUUGGAAUCUGACCCGCAUCAGUUGAAUGGAACACUCGUUAAUGAUGGUACUUUGUUCGGUAUGUUGGGUCCCAUGCCUCAAAACUUUGGUCUGUCGGACUCGACCCCUGACUUCACCAAUAGUUCCGACAUGCUAGAUAACUUCUCUAGGUCUGCUUUUCUAUCAUCAGAUAGAGACAGUUUCUUGGACUCUCAUAGUAGUACCCUAGAGCAUCAAGGUGAAAAUAAGAGGUUGGACAUACCAGGUUUUGAAGAUUUCGGCAGUGAAUCAUAAAACAAUCAAACGGUUGAAGUUGAACUACUCUUGUAGGACAUAAAUCCUGUAAAUACUUGAUUAAUAGUUUUUAUCAUAUGAGAGGCUUCAAGUGUUGUGAUUGAUGAAUGUGUGGCAAUGAAGAGGUAAUAAUUAUAGGAAUGUGUUUGAAGAGGUUAAAUUGUCAAAAACAUAUUUAUAACAAGUUAUAUGUAUUGCCUUAGAAACUAAUUUGUAUGUAUAUUUGUAUUCGACUUUGAUUGUUUUUGAAUCUUUAACUCGUCGCAAUGAUGACUGGAGACUAAAUGGCGUGUCUUGGUAUGACCGUUUAGACCGUAAACCUUUUAUGGGAUUGAUUGUUAACACUUCU